UGAAAACAAACCGCUCCGUGGCUCGGUGGUUCAUUUAAAACGGCAGUGAACCGAACAGCGAGUAUUUCACAGCUCCGUCUUCAUCUCUGGUCACUCUCACAUCGCAGCUGGAAGAUAGAAAAAGGAAGCAGCACAUGGAGGGGAGAACUUUGACUUUUCUUUUCUUAUCAGGUCUGUUUUUCCUUCCUGUCUGUUUCCCUCGUCGCUACAUCCUCGUUAGAGAGGCAUUAAACUGGACUGAAGCUCAGAGAUACUGCAGAGAGAAGUUCAUAGACCUGGCCUCUGUGAGCAGCGAGCAGGAGUCAGAGCGGCUGCGGGAGGCUACAGAGGAACAUGAUGAGGAUCAUCUGUGGAUUGGACUGUACGAUGACAUCGACAGCUGGAGGUGGUCCCUGGAGGAGGAGGGAUACUAUGGAGAAGGAGAAGCCGAGUUCAGGAAGUGGGGUGGCUUGGAACCCAAUAACUUUAGGGGAGUCGAACACUGUGCAAUGAUGCAUAUCAGCGGCCUAUGGAAUGAUGCUCCUUGUGAUACAAAGAGAUGGUUUACAUGCUUUAAGGACUCCUCCUCCAGCUUCAUCUUAGUGAAUGAGUCAAAGACCUGGACGGAGGCUCAGAGAUACUGCCGAGAGCGCUACACUGACCUGGCCAGUGUGAGGAACCAAUCAGAGAACGACCAGAUCAAGGGCUUUUGA